UUAGCGUAGAUGUUGCAUCAUAUAUCAAUGGGUGGUGUUGCUCUAUCCAAAUCCUCUCUUUUAACGGAAAACACUUCUUUAUCUAACUCUCUCUCUCUCUCUCUAUAUAUAUAUAUCUGCUUUUCUUGCCACCUUCAUAUCCGUGAUUAUAUAUAUAUAUAUAAUCUCCUCUUCGUACGUACCUUCUUCAUCAAUUAAUAUUAGACCCUUUUGAGUUUAGUUUAAUGUGAUUGCGGAGAGGUAGGCAGGUAGGAAGAUGAUCCAUAUAUAGAAGGCAAGAUUCUUGGAUUUUUAGGGUUUCUGAAUCCAUGUGCAGUAGAGGGCACUGGAGACCUGCAGAGGAUGAGAAGCUGCGGGAAUUAGUUGAAAGAUAUGGAGCUCAUAACUGGAACGCCAUAGCUGAGAAGCUUCAGGGUAGAUCAGGGAAGAGUUGCAGGCUCAGAUGGUUCAACCAGCUCGACCCAAGAAUCAAUCGCAGCCCCUUCACGCCCGAGGAAGAAGACCGCCUGCUCGCCUCCCACCGCAUCCACGGCAACCGAUGGGCUAUAAUAGCCAGGCUUUUUCCCGGACGGACUGACAACGCCGUCAAGAACCACUGGCAUGUAAUCAUGGCAAGAAAAUGCAGACAGACCUCCAAACUCUACGCCACAAAAUCACUAUCAGCUUCUACUAAUAAUUCCAAUACAUGGACGCACAACCACCCGCACCCGCACCCGCCCUUAUUAUUCAUCACAAACUACUGCCAUACUAAUAAUAAUAAUAUGGAGCAAGAGCAAGAACAAGAAUCCUCCUCCUCCUCCAAGCCGCCUCAUCACUUAGCAGUUUGCAGUGGUGGAGAUCAUCAGAAUUUAAGCUUCACACCUCCUCAUCAUCUAAUUAAUCUGGACAAAUUUAAGUCAUCAUGUGAUCAAAUCAGAUUCGAUGAGUCAUCAUGUGGCCUAAUUAGCUAUAAUUUCCAGCUGCCACCAUGGAAGCAGGUUCAAUCUGCAGAUAAACCCGUGCUUCAUCGUAUGAUCAAGUCCAUAGACGAUGAAGAAAGCAGAAGCAAAGGAGGAAAUGUGGAGUUCUACGAUUUUUUGCAAGUGAAUAAGGAGUCCAUCACUACUACAAGUGAAGUAACAGACCUGCAACAGCUGCAUGCAACCAAAUUACAUCACAAAGAUGAUGAUGAUGAUGAUGAUGAGAAAGCAGCUGAAAUUAGCAGCAACUCUCAACAUCAUCAUCAUCAUCAUCAUCUCCCAUUUAUAGAUUUCUUAUCAGUGGAAGGCGCCGCUUCUUCUUGAUUAUCGACCCCUCGCUAUACGUAGAUUUCCGUAGCUACCCUGAGUUAUACAUACAUGCAUGACGCUCGUAUUGAUUUGUAUCAUCUUUCAUUCCAUGCAUGCAUUAACAGAAUGUUUUUGUAUGCACAUAUAUAUAUACAUAUAGAGUGAGAGAGAGAUGAAAUGUAAUUAAUCAUAUAUUAAUGUACUACCCACGUACUCCAAUAUUGUUAAAUGAGGUGGUCAUUAAUGAAGUAAAGAUGUCAUCAUCGACUGAUAAUUCCUCU